CAACACCAAGCUCGCCGCCCCUAUGCCCACUGUCGUCUCGAGCUCAACACCCACUCCCCCAGCAGCCGCCUUCCAACCCGUCAUGCGCAUCCUAAAACGCCCCACAAACUCCACGAACAGCUCAGUCUCGUCUGUGCCUAGCACAGAGUCUUUCAGUGAGAGAGAGGCGAGGUACCAGGCCGCGCGGGAGAGAAUCUUUGGGAAUGGUGAGCCAUUGUCGUCGUCGUCGUCGUCAGCGGUGGUCCGGAAUCCAAGAGGGCCGGAGGAAGAGAAGGGAUUCACACAGCGUAAUGGUAAUACCAGUCAGUCUCAGGCUCCAACUUUGACGCGAACGGAUGAUGGAUAAAUUGACCGGGUUAUCAAUGUGCAUACCAUCUUCUUUUUAGAUAUCCUUUUGGUUUUCUUUUGCAAGUUGUCCCCGAUUAUUACAUGUGGGCAAGACUAUAAAUAUCUUGUACAGUUACUCGACAACGAUCAACCAGAAAACCAAAAGAACGUUGGUCUCUACUACCACCAUGUUCUGAACAGAAAAGUCAACAGGGAUGUCUUUCUAAU